ACAGCAGAUACCAUGGGCUUUGCUGGUGCCUGGAGGACUUGUGGUUCCCAAGAUUGACGUCGCAUAUGACUCGUCAAGACAAGGGAAAGAGGAAGUUAAAACUGAAGAUUCAGAUCUUUCUAAAAACCCUCUCUUUCUUAGGAGACUUACCAGUCUCUUGUCUUAAUUUUUUCCAGCUGGUGCCAUGGGGCUUCCUGUCUUGUUCAGUUGUGUCCUGAUGGUGCUUUUUGCAGGUCCUUCUUUGUCUGCACAAAUUGUGACAGGAAUAGUGGGCCAAUCUGUCACUUUGCCCUGCGAUUAUUCAGUACAAGAUGAGGGAGGUGUCACAUCCAUGUGCUGGGGUCGGGGACCGUGUCCUCUGAAUAAAUGCUCAAAUGAAAUCAUCUGGACAGAUGGACAAAAAGUGACCUUUCAGUACUCUAGCAGAUACCACCUAAAGGAGAACCUUACUCAGGGGAUUGUGUCUCUGACAAUAUAUAAUCUGACAGAAGAAGAUGCUGGGAAGUAUUGCUGCCGUGUGGAACUUUCUGGUUGGUUUAAUGACAAGAAAGUCACAAUAAGAUUGAAGGUUGAACAAGCCAGUACUGUUACUGCUCUAACAACCCCUGCUUCCACUCGCCCAAUGCUGACAACCCUAACAUCCUCUGCUUCCACUCGCCCAAUGCUGACAACCCUAACAUCCUCUGCUUCCACUCAUCCAGUGUUGACAACCACCAAGGACCAAAAGUCAGUUUUUUCUACUCCUGUUAUGGACAUAGUGACAACUAGAUCCCCAGCAACAUCAGAUGGAAAAAACUGGACACAGCCAGGUAUCCCAAUUGGAGAGAAUGAUACAGGGAUAGCAACUUCUGAAGGCUACCAGUCUACAAACAAAACGGUUAUCCUUCAAGACCAACUGACGAGCUCUAAUAAGGGAAUAUAUAUUGGAGUUGGAGUCCUUGCUGGGGUGCUUCUUGUUAUGAUUUUACUUGUCUUUGUUUUGAAACGAUAUUUCAAUAACAAAAAGAAGGCACAAAGUCUAAGUCUGACUUUCCUGGCUCAUGGUAUACAAGAAGAUACAAGGACUACCAAUGAAGGAGGUGGCAUCCAUGUAGAGGAUAAUGUUUAUGCAAUUGAAGAGAAUGUCUACACAGUCGAGCCAGAAAAUGCCUAUAUUAUUGAAGAGGAAAAUCCUUAUGUCAUAGAAACAUAUCAUGAUAAACAGCAACCUCCCAAAGUUUGGCCUUAACAUACUCAACUGACAGUUCUAAUCUUUUUCCGUGUUUACUUUUUUCUUUUUUUCUUUCCUUCUUGCUUUCUUUCUUAAAAUAAUUCAGUAUUAGUUCCAAGGAAGAAGAGCAGUAAGAGUUAGGCAAUGGGGACCAAGUGACUUUCCCAGGGUCUGAAGCCAGAUUUCAAACCGAAACCUACCAUCUUUAGGCCUGGCUCUCGAGCCACUGAGAUUCCUAGCUGCCUUUAUGUUAACCUAUUUUCAAGGACUUAUCUCCAGGUGUUAUCUACCCGACAAGGAGUUGUAUCAGCAGCAAACACAACAAUAAAUGGUGACUCUAGAGAUAAUACAAUCAACUUGACAUCAAACAAUGUCAUUUCCAUCAGGUUACAAAUUAUGCUAAAAAAGUGGCAGUUAAACCUGGCAGUGAUUCUUUUCAGCUAUGCCAAUUUAUAUCAAGCUUCAACACAGAGAGGUUUGGGUUUCUGGAGAGCUGCACAAUCACUGAAGCUUUCAAACAAUCAAUCAAACAAAUAAACAAAAGGAUAGUUUUGCUUUUGUUAAUUCCAAUUGCUACAUUUCUCUUUAAGUUCCCAUGUAGGCAGCUGGUUUUAUUUUCUCCAUAAAUUCAUUUUCUUUAGCACAGGUAGACCCAGUUUCCCUUCUUGGAUUUUUCAAAUGUGGCUUGUGGCCAACUUAAUUCCUGGGAGCUCAAAGUGCUCAUUUCCAUAGUUACAGGAAACUAGAGUGCCUUUCAUAGCUCAUGCUACAGGGUGUGCAAAGAAGUUCUAUUAAUAGGUGGUGGAUAUUGUUUAGAAAUGAGAACAUGAAUCCAAGUUUUUUGCAACUGUCUCAGCCUUCUGCAGCCACAAAUUGACAUAAGACACAUAAAUUUGAACCAAGGAAGGGAAAGAAAUACCUUGCAAAACUGCAGUGUGUGCAAAAGGAAAGGUCUUUUAGAAAGAAAUAAAGACUGUCACUAUUUGAAGCUAUCACUAUUUUAGUCUGCCAAUCUCUUUCUGUCUUUCCCUAACAAUUUUGGGUUUAAAAUAUAAUGAUUAAUGGGAAAAGGUCAGAGAUUUUUUUUUGUUGUGGUUUUUUUUUGUAUGACUGAUAUUGCAGUCAUUCUACUUUCCCUUCUCAAACGUUCAAUUAGAUUUUUUUUUUUUAAUUUAUCAGGAGGAAAUUUGUACCGUAGGAAAAACUGAUCCAGGGAAUCACAAAGAUAUUAUUAUAGUUGUUGUGAUCAGUUGCUUCUUUGUUUUUUUCUUUGUUUCCUUCACAUUUUGUCUUAGUAUCAGUUUAUCAGUUCUAAGACAAAGGAGCAGCUAGGGCUAGGCAAUGGGGUUGUGUUCCCCAAAAUAUGAUGAAUUGUUUUGGAUAAGAGCCAUUUUUUUUUUCCUUUCAAGUAUUCAGAACAUUUUGAAGGCUCACCUGCUAGGUGUCUGUGUUGAUAACAUGAUGUAGAAUGACCCCCUAUUCUGAAUAGUAUUUUGCAAUGCUGAGUUGUCCUAAUUUUACACUGGGAAUUUGUAGCAACUUUUAGAAGAGAUUUCAGUGGUCACUACAACUCCACUACUUAAAGGGGCCACCUUUAGGAUUCUAAGGAUGUGGCUUCAGAUACUUCCUAGCCGUGUGACCCUGGGCUUAACUCCCAUUGCUUAACCCUUACCCCUCUUCUGCCUUCAAACCAAUACACAGUAUUGAUUCUAAAGGUUUAAAAAAUGAAAAUUUUUUAAUGGUGGUCAGGAUGGACACCAAAUCCAAAUGGCACUAAUAGAAGGAUCACAGGAUGAGGAAAUCAGAACCUAUAAGCAUUAUUAAUUAGGUAUAUAAUAAUAUAUGUUAGCCUAUACUUAUGUUUUCUUAGUUCUCAAAUGGGUAAAGGUACCCUGAUUGCCUCACUGUCAUUCAAGUAAUCAGUGGGGAUAACAGAUGUGAAAAUCCUUUGAAAACUAAGCACUCUGCAAAAGCAAGGUAUUAUCACCUUAUUAUUUAUGGUCAUAAAUCUCUAUGGAGCCUAUUAUAAUAGUAGGUCCACAUUACAUGCCUAAUAAGUUGGAUGAUAAUCAUGAUGAUGAUGGUGAUGAUGACAAAGUUCAUGACAAUGUUCUCUUAAAACUAAACUGCUGUUCUAGUUUUUAUAUACCUCUUUAACAAUGCUUCUUUAGAAAUUACUUUUUUUUUAGUGGGACACUAAUGCAUUGUUGGUGGAAUUGUGAACUGAUCCAGCCAUUGUGCAGGGCAAUUUGGAACUAUGCCCCAAGGGCUGUAAUACCACUACUAGUUCUGUAUUCCAAAAAGAUUAAAAAAAAAAAGGAGUGGGGAGGGGACGAGAAAGGACCUACCUGUACAAAAUAUUUUUAGCUCUUUUGGUGGUGGCAAAGGAUUGAAAAUUGAAGAGAUGUCCAAUUGGGGAAUGGUGAAUAAACUGGUAUAUGAUAAUGAUGGAAUACUAUUCUGUUAUAAGAAAUGAUAAGCAGGAUCAUUUCAGAAAAAGCUGAAAAGACCUACACAAACUGAUACAGAGUGAAAUAAGCAGAACCAGAACAUUGUACACAAUAAGAGCAAUAUUGAAUGAUGAUCAGCUGUGAAAGACUUAAUUACUAUGAGUAAUAAAAUGUUCCAGGACAAUUCUAAAGGAUAUGAUAGAGAAUGCUGUUUACUUCCGGCAAAAUAACUGAUGGAGUUGGAAUGCAGAUCAAAGCAUAUUAUUUUUUACGUUAGUUUAUUUGUGUUUUUAUUUUGGGAUUUUGGUUUUUAUAUUAGUAUUCUCUUACAACAAUGUCCAAUGUGGAAGUAAGUUUUAUAUGAUAAUGCAAGUAUAAUCCAGAUCAAAUUGUUUACCACUUCUGGGAUUGGGGCUGGGGAUAGGGAAGAGAAGAAGGGAGAAAAUGUGUAUGUUAUAAUUUCAGAAAGCAUAUGAUGAAAAUUGUUAUUACAUGCAAUUUGGAAAAUAAAAUAUUGAACAAUUUAAAUUUAAUAAAAAUGAAAAGAAGUUACUUUUAUUUCAUGGCCCUGGGGGGAAAACAUCUUUUGAACAAAUGUAGUCAAAAAUGUGUUUCAUUAUUUGAUGGUCUUUUUUGACCAUCAUUGAAAUAUUUGUAAAGAAGAAAAUUGUAGACUGUGACAUUUAGAUUCAUGAUUUUUUACAAGUUUAUUUAGCUGGUUUGAGACAGGAUAUUAUUAUUUGGAGUUAUCAGUGUCUGUCUUUAAAUUUAAGUGUCUCUUCAAAGAUGUGCUUCACUUAUAUUUCACUGAAAGGUAUAUAUGUGACUGAGCAAUUUUUCAAAAUUAUAUGCCGUAAUAUAUUCUGCAAAGGGGUAUUUGAGUCCCAUUAUGGUAAUAAAAACAAAAAUAAAGGGUUUUCUUUUGGAA